AGCAGUAUUACCAAGGCGGACCCUAACGGCGCGGGAAGUCUAUUCUGGGGGCAAUGCUCGGGCCAUGCUGCAAGGCUGACAACCGGGGUGGAGUCCAGCGGGGCUGGAUCGACAGACACCCAAUGAAACGGGCCUGUCGCGGGAGUUGGUGCACAUCGCACGACUCUCCUCCAGCAGCCUUGUCCAUCAUACGAUUGUCAAGAUGAAGUGGUCGGUUUUUGACACGCUCAGUCAGUGUCCCCCGGCCACUGGCAAAUUCCAUGUCAGGCCAUUCCUUCCCAUCCUCAAUCAUUCUUUCGCGUCCAAUUGGCGACUCUCUGCACCCUUUUUUCUUCCCUCUCCGCAGCCUUUUACUCUUCUCCUUUCGGCCGUCCUGGCCCGAGUCAUCAUCACCCACCCCCCUCCCUCUCCCGUCCAUAUCGUGGAAACCGGCGAGGGUCACUCACCUUCUUUGAACAUCAGUCGACUUUCCGCUGUCGACCUUCCUCUCCAGCGCCUUUUUGCGGCAAUUCGCGAUCUGCACACUUUUCUGCCUGUUGUCGCCGUUGCUAACCCCCACCCGCACCUCCUUGGCUUCUCUACUUCCGCUCAGCGAACCUCUUGCCGCCUUCCACACGUCCCUGGCCGGAAACUUAAGCACCUGACGCCCGCCGCCAUCGUCGCACUGCCCGCCGUUUGCGACCGACACCAUUUACGGUACAGGUGCGAGCAGCCUUUUUGCUCUUCACUGCAUCCUGCCUCCCCAGCUACCCCUGCCGACGCUGGCCACUGCUGCAGUAUCCUUCUCUUCAUUGACGUCCGUUGCCACUGGAUGACAGCGCGAGCUUGCUCGGCACCGCCUGGUAGUACGACGCGAGGUGGUACGACUGGCCACCUUAAACGGUCAAACUCGUCUCCCGAUCGAGAAGCAGCAUAAGAGAUCUGAGCGUUCCUGUUCUCAGAAACAAUCAGCAAGCCGCCGGGCCGCUCUACACCCACUCUACAGUUCACAUACUGAUUUCUGGAUCGACGACCGCCGAUAAUUCGGGGGCCGAAAUGCUGGCUUGGUGAUGGACUCCAACUUCCUCAGGAACCUC